CCAUGAGCCUGCUAAGCCUCAUCUGCCACCAGCAGCAGUGGCUGCAGGGCAAUGGGAACAUGUCGAGGCCUGGGGACCACAGGAGAAAGACAAGGGACAAAGCCCACCACGUCCCAGUGCUGGGCCCUCGUUGUUGCACCCGACCAGCCCUCCACAGCUCUGCAAUGUCCUGGGGCAGCUGCCAGUACUCAGUGCCUUGCUGGCAGAGCUGUCGGUGUUCACCCACAGUGCUAUGCCUGCUGCUGUGCACCCCCCUCUUGCCUGGCUCUACCGGGCCCCAGGGAGCAAUGGCAUGGCCUCACAAGCUCGCAGUCCCAGCCACUCUGCUUCCCUCAAGCCUGCAGAGGCACCUGUGGAGCCUGGUGGAAGCACUGGAGCUGCCAGCCCUCAACUCGAGCAAGGCCAUCAAGAGGCCACCUCAGCAGCAUCUUCUCAGGCUGGGAGAGGAUCUACGAAAGCUGUACCCCAGGUAGAGGUGGGCUCUGAAAGGAACUGUGGAACUAAGGAAAACAGACCUCCCAGAAAGAAAUUGUUGUAUGGGCUGACAAAUACACUGAGGCUACGGCUACAACAAAUCAACCCUGAUAAACUGAUAAUUCAUGAAAGGAGAGAGCAGUACAGAAAAAAGCAAAUGGAGAUGAUGAAGGAGAGAAACCCUUUAUCUAAAAGAAAGCUGCUCAGAAGUGCUGGAGAACAGCAUGUGAUUUCUUCCAGGCACUGUAGCAAGGGAGACGGUUCAAAGCGGAAAGAUCAGUUCGAUAAAGCUGUUCAGACUUCAUUACAAAACAGUGGUCUCCCAGAGUCCAUUUCUGUGACAGAAGAUGUGUCCUCUGACCUGCAGAAACAAGAUACUGCAAGUUCAUUGAAGAAUGAUGAAAUUGCAAGCAAGGAACAUCCAUGCAAAGUAUCUACAGCUCCCGUACUGGAGGAAACUCUAUUAAAAUCUGCUCACAAGGAAAAGCAUGCAAAAGCCCAACUCCCAGCAGCUUUCCCAUCAGAUGCUAAUGCAGAGGAAAGUAAUGAGGAAGCAAUACACUUAAUCCAUCAUAAAACAACGGAGCACGAUAAUGCGUCUGUUAUAAGUGAUCAUAAACCAAGUCCCAGCAGGAGUGCUGGAGACAACUCUGAAUUCAUUUACUCAGAUGACUUUGUUACUAGUCCUGAGAAUACAGUUUAUUCAGAAGAUUUCACCAGUGCUGAGUGUACGGACAGAGACUCGGAAGCUUUUGACAGUAGUCCUGAACCUCUCUGGCUUGAAAGCCCAAAGCAAGGUUGCUCAGAUAUGGAGCUGGAAUCCAGCAGGUCCAGAAUUUCAAAGAUAAGUCAAAGAGCUGAAAGUAAUUUUCCCACAGUCAGUAAGGAAGAGAACAGGGGUAAACAGAAUGUUAAACAAGUAUCUACACUGAGAAGCAAACAAGUUAGGUCUCAUACUGAUCCGAAUAUAGGAAAGGGGCAGACCUCUGCAGGAAAAUGCCAGUCAGUAACUCAAGUUAGCUCUUACUUGCUACUUAACAUGUCUGAACUUAGUGUCCUGGAAAAUAGUAUGUCAGACAAAGAGGAGGAUGAUUUUUUUUUUUGUGAAAAGUAUGUCUGCUUCACAGGCAAGAAGAAGAGGAUAG